AUGGCAUACCUCCUUUUAUAUUUGGAUGACAUUGUUCUCACAGCUUCUGAUUCAAUGCUGCUUACCUCCAUCAUAACCAUGUUAUCCAGAGAAUUUGCAAUGACAGACUUAGGUCAGCUUUAUCACUUCUUGGGUAUUACUGCCACUCGGGAUUCUACGGGAUUAUUUUUGUCUCAAGCUCAAUACACCCGUGAUAUUUUGCAUAGGGCAAACAUGACAGGCUGCAAACCAUGCGCUACUCCUUGUGACACCAACUCUAAACUUUCGGCUUCUGACGGUGAACUCAUAGCGGAUGCUACUUUAUAUCGCAGUCUUGCCGGUGCUCUACAAUAUCUCACCUUCACUAGACCUGACAUCACCUAUGCUGUUCAACAGAUAUGCUUGUUUAUGCACGCCCCUCGGGAACCCCAUUUUGCCUUUCUCAAACGUAUACUAGGGUAUUUACAGGGCACUAUCACUCAUGGUCUUCGGUUGUCUGCUACAUCCUCCACAAGCCUAACGGCAUAUUCUGACGCCGAUUGGGGUGGGUGUCCGGACUCUCGACGCUCAACCUCCGGCUACUGUGUAUUCUUGGGUGACAAUUUAAUUUCAUGGUCUUCUAAAAGGCAACAUACAAUCUCAAGGUCUAGUGCAGAAGCUGAAUACCGAGGAGUUGCUAAUGCCGUGGCUGAAGCCAGUUGGCUUCGUAAUCUACUUCUUGAGCUUCACGUUCCUAUUGUCAAAGCCACUAUUGUCUAUUGUGACAAUAUUUCUGCAGUAUAUCUGUCCGAGAAUCAUGUUCAACAUCAUCGGACGAAACAUGUCGAGUUAGAUAUUCACUUCGUCCGUGAAAAGGUUCAAAUUCGUCAUGUUAAAGUUCUCCACGUGCCUUCCUCCUCUCAGUUUGCUGACAUCUUUACUAAGGGCCUUCCCCGGACAUUAUUUGAAGAUUUUCGAUCCAGUUUAAGUGUUCGUUCCUAUGACGCUAAAACUGCGGGGGACUAUUAG